CGGUGCCGGAGCAUCGCCCCGCAGCCAAGCUGGAAAUUUGACACCGAAUGGCCUGUUGUUGAAUGGCGGCAAACCGAUGCCAAUCCAUGCAGCAGCUUGUCAAGUUAAGGUUUUCAAAUUAAAAGGUGCCGAUCGCAAACACAAACAGGAUCGUGAAAAAAUCCAAAAACGUCCCCAGUCCGAACAGGAUAAAUUCCAACCAAGUUACGAGUGUACCAUAAUGACGGAUAUACCAUUGGACUUGAUUACAACACCAACAACCACCAGUGGCGCUGGUUGUUUCAGUCCCGAAUACAUGAAAAUUUGGCCAAAUUCGCCAGUUCACAUUCCAAAAUAUGAUGGCAUGUUACCCUAUGCUAGUGCUUCGCCCAAUGCCAGUGCUAGUCCCAUAGCCAUUAAUAGUGUCUCCUCGACGAAUUCGCCCAAUUUGAAAAUAAUGGACACAAAUAUGGUGGUGGCACCACCACCAUCGGUAAUGGCCACCGAUAUUGAUGAAUAUAAUUCCAUUACCAUAAUGCCAGAGUCUACACCAGUACAGGUUACCCAGUGGUUGACCUAUCAUCGUUUGACGGCAUAUUUGUCAACAUUUGCACAGUUCUCGGGAGCUGAUAUUAUGAGAAUGUCCAAAGAUGACUUAAUCCAAAUCUGCGGCUUGGCUGAUGGUAUACGCAUGUUCAACAUCUUGAGAGCAAAGGCCAUAACACCCCGUCUAACCCUCUACGUUAGCUUGGAUGGCGCUAAUUAUAAUGCCGUUUAUCUCAUAUCCAAUACCGCCAAGGAACUUGUACAAAAACUUUUCAAGUUACCUGGCUUCUAUGAGUGUGUGGCCAAAGGCUCUUCGUCCAACUCGAUGAAUGGUAAUGCUGGUUCGGGCAUGGAUACUAAUACAUCACCCUAUCAUAGCUGGGGUAUGCAUUCGAAAUAUUCCGGCAGCGGUUCUAGCAUUUAUAAUGAUGUCAAUACAAAAUCAUUGAUUUAUAUUAGCGGUCCAGCCGGUAUCCAUGUGGCCAUUACCGAUGAGGUAUUGGCCAAUGAAAUCAAAGAUGGUAGCCUUUACGGUUUGGAAGUACAAAAUGGAAAAGUUGUUAUGAAAUUAGUGAACAAAAAUGAAAAUUGAAAAAAAAAACAGGCAUGU